GAGGCUUCCUUAUUUGGAUUUGGGAGUUACAAAAAGUGAUGGUGAAGAUCUGCAACUCUUACCAGAAGACGGCAGCUUUCCUUAAUUAUGUUGAUUGGCGGCUCCCCUUAAAUAUGUAGAGUUUAGGGUUAGUGUCAAUUAUUGGGCUUUCUUUUUAAUGGAUCAAUAAUUUUCUGAUCUCUGGUGGAUUCAUGGAAAGCAAUGAGCCCAAUAUAGAAACCAACUCGUCCAACGUUUGCGUUUGAAUCUGUUUGUGAGCAAUCUUUGAGGUCGUUACAACACCAUUAAAUGGAAAACCCGAUCCAUGAAACAGACCCACCUCCAUUAGCGUGGCAACUGGCAAGAAGCUAGCCAGAUUUUCCGCGCAAAGAGCUGAGAAUUCAAAAACAAAAGAAAAACAAUUUCUUCCUUUGCUGUUUCUCACAGUCACGCUCUCUUCUCCAGAUCCCAAUAAUAAACAAAUCUUAAAAUCUCCAUCUCUAAUGGAUCACUUCUACUAUUUGACUUUCGAAACCUUGGAAACUGUACCCUUCUCUAUAUUAUCAAGCUCCCUAGACGGCGCAGUCUCCACCCGCCUGGAAUUUCGCUCAACUCUCACUUUCUUCUCUCUCCACCCACCAUUAAAUUUAAGUUCACUUCUUGUUCUCUUUCUUUCUUUUUGCAAAUCACGGCUUUAAUUUCUUUUAUUUUUGUUUUGAUUCGAUUCCCUUUGCGUGUUCUUUAAAAAGAUCCCAUCAAGUUCACGUCUUUUGCAUGAUUUUCACCUUCUUUUCGUUCUUGAAUUUUUUGUUUUUUAUUCAUUGUUUAAGCUUUUUUUUUUUUGGUAUUUUAGAUUUCUUCAAAGAAAAAAAAUUAUACAGUUCCAAAUAUCACUGUUCAUCUUGCCAAGCCUUGACAGUUGUUAUUGGGCUGUGACAUGUCUGAUUUUAAGUUAGAAGUUGUUAUUUCCAAUGAUUGUGAAGAAUCAGUGGACUAUGUUAGUGAUAAGGCGACUUCAGAUGAAAAUUUUAAUGCUGUAGACAAGAUUCUGAAUGGUAUUGGAAAGCAAGAUAACAGGUCAAUUGGCAAUUUUGCAACAAAUGCGGAACGUAGAGCUGUAGGUGAUAGGUUGUUUAGAGACAAUCGAGCAGCACAUAGUGCCAGUAUCAGUGCUCUGUUUGAUGGGGAUGAAAAACGCGAACAUGGAUUUGGAAGAAAAUCCGGACCACUUUUGUCCGGAACAGCUUACUGCAUUUCCUCUUGCAGCAUGAUUUUGUUGAACAAAGUUGUUCUAUCAACUUACAAUUUCAAUGCAGGAAUAUCUCUUAUGUUAUAUCAAAAUUUGAUCUGCUGUAUGGUUGUUGUCCUUUUGGGUAUCUGUGGAGCUGUUUCAGUGGAAAAGCUCAAUUGGAAACUAAUAAAGGUCUGGAUCCCUGUCAAUGCAAUCUUUGUUGGCAUGCUUGUGUCAAGCAUGUAUAGUUUGAAAUACAUAAAUAUUGCAAUGGUGACAAUUCUGAAGAAUAUGACAAAUAUUUUGACAGCAAUUGGGGAGUUAUAUAUUUUCCGAAAACAUCAGAAUCAGAAAGUGUGGGCUGCCAUGUUUUUAAUGAUUAUCUCUGCUAUUAGUGGCGGUAUUACAGAUCUUUCAUUUGAUGGAAUGGGUUAUGUAUGGCAAAUCAUGAAUUGCAUUCUAACAGCAAGUUACUCAGUAUGCAAACUUAAUGACUCUUUCAUUGAACCUCCCAGUAAACUUGUGAAAUGGCUUUGGAUAUCUCUUACCCUGCGUCGGGUGAUGGACAAAGCAAAGCAGUCUACAAGAAGUGGAUCUCUUAAUGAAAUUUCAAUGGUGUUGCUAAAUAAUUUGUUAUCUCUUCCCUUUGCCAUCUUCUUGAUUCUGCUGUUUGAUGAAUGGGCAUACGUGAUUAAUGUAGAUGUGAUCAAAUUACCAAUGUUCUGGGUUGUCGCAACAGUCAGUGGAUUGCUUGGACUUGCUAUUAGCUUCACCUCUAUGUGGUUCCUAAGCCAAACUGGCCCCACAACGUACAGUCUCGUGGGUUCAUUGAACAAGAUUCCUAUCUCUAUUGCUGGUCUAGUGUUGUUCAAGGUUCCACUCAGUCUACCAAAUUUGUUCAGUAUACUUUUUGGUCUAUUUGCUGGAAUAUUCUUUGCCAGGGCCAAAAUGUCCUGAUCCAAAAUCAAAUCUUCACAUGUAUUUGAGAUAACUUCUGCUUGCUGAUUGAGAAAUUAAAUCUUGUUUCAAUACUUCCUUGCCACGGCCUGGAAGAAGCAGAAGCUUUGGAGGAACGUAGAGGUAGUAUACUUAGUAAAAUAAAAAUUGAUUGACUAGGGCAUCUGAGAUUUGGGAGGCAAUCUGUUCUUAGAAAAUUGCAAGCUUGAAUAAGCUUCAGUGUUACUAUUUUGCAUAGAUACAGGAGUUAAUUGUCAUGUUUAAAAGUCAAUAUGCAUUCUUGAUUUCUUAUUGAUUAUCAAGAAAUAUAUAUAUAUAUAUAUACACUAAAAUAACG